AACCAGGGACAAGAACGGACAACCUACGCUAUCCAACCUCGAACGGAUCGUAACCCGAUUGGUAGAGCUUUGCCGGAAAUGCAUGACGUAUAAGUCUUCGUCGCUUGGUCAGAUGAGACUUUUUCGGCUCGUAGCUCUCUCUUCCGGCGAGUAGACUAGAGGGGCCGACUGCCGACAAUUUUCGUACAAUAUUUAUUAAAUAAAUACGCGCUCACAAUGGCCAUUGGUGACCUCAAGACUGAAGAGGGGUUGAAGGAGUUGAACCGUUACCUAGCUGACCGUAGCUACAUCGAAGGAUGGCAACCUUCGCAAGAAGACGUUUAUGUAUUUGAAGCGUUGGGAAAAGCUCCGCCAGCAUCACAUCCUCAUGUCCUGAGGUGGUUCAAUCACAUCAAGUCCCACGAUCUUAAGUCUCUUCCAGGCGUGAAAAAAGCACCCGCUAUUUUGGGUGAUAUUAAGGCAGCUGCUCCUGCCAAAGCUGCUCAACCUGCCAACAACGAUGACGACGACGUAGAUUUGUUUGGAUCCGACGAAGAAGAAGAUGCAGAAGCAGCAAAAAUUAGAGAAGAGAGAGUGAAGGCGUAUGCCGCUAAGAAAUCUAACAAACCCGCUCUCAUUGCCAAAUCUAGCAUUAUCUUGGACGUCAAGCCAUGGGACGACGAAACAGAUAUGAAAAACAUGGAAAAACAUGUGAGAUUGAUUGAAAUGGAUGGUCUUGUCUGGGGUGCUUCUAAACUCGUACCAGUGGGAUAUGGAAUCCAUAAGCUACAGAUCAUGUGUGUCGUAGAAGACGACAAAGUUUCUGUUGAUUUGUUAGUUGAGAAAAUCCAGGAAUUCGAGGACUUUGUACAGUCCGUCGACAUUGCAGCCUUCAACAAAAUCUAAAUUUCGUCGAUUCUUUCAAUAUCGAAUUAAUAAAUAUUAAUUGUUUGUA